AUGAAUUAUAACCACCAUCAAAUCGUAGAGUAAUGGAUGAAGCGAUUCCGAAAAUGUUUGAACCUCUGUUAUGGAAAUGAUUCAUAAAUGAUAACGAUGGAAUUGCAUAAAGGAAGUGUACAAUUACUUAGUGUACCAUAAAAUAAAAACAUAUUCAACACAAGAAAAUAUAAAGUAAUCUUUACCCUGGUAUUAGUAGUUAUAUAACUUUUUACCUAAAACUCUAUUUAGAGCUUUAUAAAGAUUUGGAAAUAUCUAUCUUUUAGUUAUAUCCUUAAUUAUGUUGAUUAAUACAUCAUUAUCACCAUUUUAUAGAUGGAUCACUAUAUUCCCAGUAGGAUUGAGUGUUCUAUUUUAUGUUUUAAUGGAAUUUAUACUAGAUAUCCGUAGAUAGAAUCAUGAUCAUAAGAUAAAUAUGCAAACAACAUCUAGAGGAGCUAAGGACGGUUCCUUAGAAACCAUAAAAUGGAGUGAUAUUUAAAUAGGAGAUGUUCUCUAUCUCAUUAAAGGAGAUAUUGUGCCUGCAGAUAUUAUUUUAUUAGAUACAGGAUAAGUUAGAGAUAGAGAAGCUAUUUGUAUGGUUGAUACUCAAUAUUAUGAUGGUAAGUCUACUCUAACCAAAAAAAAAUCAUCAUAUUUGACCUAAUUGAUUGUCUUAAGAACUAGACUUAAGAAUUAAUUUCCAGAAUAUAGAAAAAUGUUAACUGGAAAAUUGGAAUAUGAAGCUCCAAAUGGAAAUACAGAAAAUUUUCAUGGAAAAUUGAAAUUAAAAAAGGAUCCCAAAAAUGAAGAGUUAACUAUUGAUAAUUUCAUCCCAAAAGGUACUAAAAUUAAAUAAACAUCUUGGUUAUUUGGUUUAGUUGUGUAUGUUGGUGAAAAUACUAAAACUAUGCAAAGUAGUCAUUAUAAUGCUGAUAAACCUAGUUUUGAUGAAAAACAAUGUAAUUUUUAUUCAUUUCUUAUGGCAUGCUUAUCACUCUUCUUUACAUUGAUCUCAAUCAUUGUACUCUUAGCCAGAUCAGAUGAAGGUUAUUUUGCUUUACUUAUUGAUAAUUAUACUACAAAUGGUAUGAAGGUAUUCUAAUUAGCAAUAUUAUAUGCAUAAUUAAUUCCAUCUACUAUAUAUUUAUUAUUAGAUUUUGUAAAUUUUAUUUCUUUAUUUAAAUAUGAGAUCAAUUAAAUUGAAGAUAAUAUUAUUAAAUAUGUAAAAAUAAAUACAUCAAAUAAUCUUAGUGAUUUAGGGCAUGUUGAUUAUAUGCUUAUCGAUAAAACAGGUACUUUGACUACGUCUUAUUACAAAUUGGAUAAUCUUUUAUUUGGAUCUUUAUCUUUUACAUUGAAUUAUGAUUAAUUACAAGCCACUUUGAAUUUAAAAUCAGUUAAACAUGUGGAUAAUGAUGAUCCAAUUAAAUUUGCAAGUAUCAAUGAUAAUAAUGAAUAUUUGAUUCCAUUUGAAUAUGAUAAAAAAAGUAGUCAUACAGAUGUAUAACCAAGUGGUAAGUUGCUUUUGAAAAGUGUUAGAACUUCUAAUAAUAAUCCAGUAUUUAGUUAAAUAACUGCAGUACCUUAGAAUAAGAGAAUGACUUUGUUACACAAUUUGGAAAAUUCAGUUCAAUAACCUUUACCUGAUUAUUUAUAAACAAGAAUAUUUUUACCAUAACCAAAAGCAAGAAAUGGACCUGGGAAUAAUAAUGAUGAAUUUAUUUAAUUAAUCAAUUAAUUAAGAAAUAGUUCUCCAUAAAUAGAAUAUUUGUAAACUGAAGAUAUAAAUACAUUGUAUUAUGAUGCAUUUUUGAAAUGUUUGAUGUUAUGCCAUGAAGCUCGAUUGGUAUUUGGAGCAGAUUCAAUUACUUAUGAAUCUUUUUCAAAGAAUGAAGAGAUUGCAUUAACAUUUGCUCGUUCUUGUGGUUAUUCAUUAGAAAAUUUUAAUAAAUUUGAUAGUCCUGAUAUGUAUUUAUGUAAAGUGAGAGGAAAUUCUAUAUGGUAUUAGGUUUUAGGAUUGAAUUUAUUUACAUAUACAAGAAAUUUAAAUUCAGUUGUAAUUUAGGCACCAAUGACAAUUGAUUUAGAAUUGAAAUAAAAAUAUGAAGAAAUAAAUCAACUUUGUGGAGAGGGAUCAAAAAAUAAUUCAUUAUUAAUUUGUAAAGGUGAUUAUGAAGCAAUAAAAAGUAAAUUACAAUUAAACCAUAAAGAAAGAGAAGAAUUAGAUUCAUAUAUAUAGAGUUAUAAAUAAAGAGGAAUAAGAAUGAUAAUAUAUGCAACAAGAGUAUUAAGUGAGAAAGAGACUGAAAAUUAUAAAUAGUAAUUUAAUUUAUUGCACAGUUCUUUGACAAAUUAAGAUAUAUUACUUGAGUAAUUAGCAUUGGAAUAUGAAAAGGAAUUAAAUAUUUUAGGGAUGAUAGGAUUCAAAGAAGAAUUAAAAAACGAUGCUUUGGAUUUUAUAAAAACAGUUAAAGAUUGUAAUAUAAAUAUUUGGUUAUUAAGUGGAGAUUAAGAAGUAUAAACAAUAAGUUGUGCAUAAUCACUAGAAAUGACAGAAUCAUCAAAAUAUUUAAGAAUAGUAGCAACAGAGAAGGAAUAGAUAUGGUUGUAAAUAAAUACAGCGAUUGGGUAGAUUUAGAGUGAAUUAUAAAAGAUACAAGAGAAAUAAUAAGAAAAACAUAUUAAUUAAAAUGUAUUAAAUAGAAGUAUGAUAAAAUCAAGUGUGACACUUUUUGA